UUUUCUUUCUGCUCAUUUCUUCUCCAAAAUCUGUUUUGGUGUAGAUUUGGUUAUGUUUCUUUUUAUGUUACUGGGUUCCAAAAGUACUUAACCAUUGUCAUUUUCAGUCGCUUUAAACAUGGACGCCCAUGAUUUGUUCAGGAAACUGACCAGCGGCGUACGUUUUAGCAAAAACAAACGUAGCAAGCCCGUAGUUCGCACAGAGAAGCAAGUUGAAUCUGUGGCAGUGAAAGAUGAGGAGGAUUUCAAUGCUGCCGAAGAAUGGAUGAACCCUGGUGAUGGUUCAAACUCAGAUGACGACUCUCAGAUGAAUUCUGAUUCAGAGACUGAAAAUGACGAUGACAGUGAUAACAGUGACAAACUUAAUAAAUCCUCAGAUCGUAAUGGAAAAAGAAAUGGUUCUCAGACUCAAGAUGACUCUGACUCGGAUGCAGACAAUUCGAUUGAUGGACCUAUCACUCUAUUAGGUAAUAUGUCCUCGGAUAAGGCCAUCAAAACCACAAACUCUAAGCCAGUGAAACAGAAGAAGAAAAAGCUUACGCCUGAAGAAAAAUUAAAAGCUCAAGAAGAAGAGAAAGUUAACAUAUUAAGGAAAAAACUCCGACUAUCAGUUAGUGGUGAUGGCGUUCCAGCACCUGUUGAGUCAUUUGAUGAACUUCAGGCCCGUUUUGGAGUAUCAGCUAAUUUAAUUAAUAACUUGAAGAAGUCAGGUUAUACAGAACCUACGCCAAUUCAAUCUCAAGCGUGGCCUAUCAUGUUAAAGAACCGUCAGGUUUUGGCUUGUGCACCCACUGGAUCUGGUAAAACGGCAGCGUUCUUGUUACCUUUAUUACAUCACUUGAGAGGACUGCGCCAUGAUGGCAUCCGUGCUGUCAUUGUGAGUCCAACAAGAGAGUUAGCAAGGCAAACUUACAGAGAAUGCUCGCGUCUUGCAGAAAAUUCAGGAUUAAAUAUACAUAUUAUUAGCAAAGUGAAUUUAUCCAAUGCUAAACUUACUUUGGAAAAAACUAACAAGUUUGACAUCCUCAUAACUACACCUAACAGAUUGGUUUUCUUGUUAAAACAAGAACCUGCUGUGCUAUCUUUGAAAAGUGUUCGAUGGCUCAUUGUAGAUGAAUCAGAUAAGCUCUUUGAAGCUGGUCCCAGGGGUUUUCGAGACCAGCUAGCAGCUAUUUAUCAAGCUUGUGAUUCCCAAAAUAUCAAGAGAGGCAUGUUUAGUGCAACACAUGGUGCUCAUGUAGCUAAGUGGUGUAAGCAGAAUCUUGCGGGUUUAAUUGCUGUAACUGUCGGCCAUAGAAAUACAACUGCUGAUAAAGUACAACAAGAACUAGUGUUUGUUGGCAGUGAGCAAGGAAAACUUAUAGCCAUGAGAGAACUGAUAAGCAAGGGAUUGCAACCACCUGUCCUUAUUUUUGUUCAAUCAAAAGAGAGAGCAAAAGAAUUAUUCUCUGAGCUAUUGUAUGAUGGAAUAAAUGUUGAUGUAAUUCAUGCAGACAGAACUCAACUGCAGAGGGAUAAUGUUGUUAAAAGCUUUAGAGAAGGGAAAAUCUGGGUACUUAUAUGUACUGAGCUGAUGGGCAGAGGUAUUGAUUUCAAAGGUGUUAACUUGGUAGUGAACUAUGACUUUCCACCAUCUGCUGUAUCUUACAUCCACAGAAUAGGGAGAACUGGUCGUGCUGGUCGUGAAGGAAAAGCGGUAACAUUUUUCACUUCAAGUGAUUCGCCCAUUUUGAGGAGUAUUGCAACUGUUAUGAAAGACUCUGGCUGUGAUGUGCCUCAGUAUAUGCUUGAGUUGAAGAAGGUGUCUAAGAAGACAAAACGUGAACGAGAGAAAUAUGCACCAGAAAGAGCUAGUAUAUCCACUGUUCCAAAGGUGGAAAAGCAGAAACAAGAGUGGCUGCAUACUAAAAUAGAAAAUGGCAAGCGAAAAAAGAAAGGUCUACCACCUCUCCCUGCCAAACCAAGCAAAGCAAAGAAACGGAAGGCUGAGAAUGAUGAAGGAGCUGAUACAAAAAAGAGGAAAAUGUCUGAAAGCAAUAAGUCAAAUUACUCAAAGGGUGGAAAACUGUCAUCUAAGGCAAAGAACUGGAAGCAGUCAACUAAUGGAAAGCAGUCAAAUAACGGAAAACAGUCAACUAAGGGUAAACCCCCUGGAAAGAAAAUGAAAUUUAGAACGAAGAAAAAUGAAACAAAUUGAAAUAUCAAAGCUUUUUAAUGUAAAGCCACAUUCUUAUUUUAAUUCUCAUUUUGAUACCUCUGUUUACCACUGAAGGAAAGGAACAGCCCAUACAUGUUCUUUCAACAAAUUUAUCCUAUUAUAUUAAUUUUUUGAUACAUUUAUAAUUUACUCUCCUAGCCAUCUGUUUCGGUAAGUGUAUAAACCUCUGCAGUUUCUUGUUAUUAAAUAUCAAUUAUAAGGAAGUACUUCA